AUGCAUUCAGUCGUCCUCACCUACCUCUUUCCCAUCCUGUUCUCCCAAGUCCUCGCAGUUCCCUCGCCUCAACCACCAGCACCAGGGCCCCCAGUCAAUCGCCCGCAAAGCCUGACCCUCGUCUCCGGCGCCACAGUCAACACCACCACCACCGGUGUCUACACCUGCUCCGCCCCCUCAUGGCAGGGCGGCUGUACGUGGGAAGACACCUCUGGCAUGCCUCGCUGCCGGAUGAUCCCAUGGACCGACUCCCUCACCCACUCGCCUCUGCCAGAUGGUAGCAAGAUCGCCAAAGUGAGCAUUGGGCCGGACCAGGGGAAUCACUGUAUCUUGUACGAAGAUCCGCGGUGUGGUGGGGACGUGGAGAAGAAGAGCUAUCUGUUGCGGUAUCCUGGAACGGACGACUUGGGGGCUUGGGCGAAGAGUCAGGGUGUUGCGGACGACACGGGGCUGUACAGUAUGCUGUGCUUGACUGAGGGGUUGAUCAAGUAUUACUAUAAGGGGAAGGGCGCCGACCAGCUUUAA